AUGGAAUUCUCAAUAAGAAAACUUUCUCUCCUCUUCCUCUUCCACCAUUUCGCCAUCGUCAAUUCCAUCGGCGUCAACUAUGGAGUAUGGGGCGACAACCUCCCGCCGCCGGAGCAAGUCGCCCAAUUCAUCCGUACCCGAACCACAAUCGAUCGGGUCAAAAUCUAUGAUACGGAUCCAAAUAUUAUCCGGGCCUUCGCUUACACGGGUAUCCUUCUAACCGUUACCAUCCCUAACAACGACAUUCCUUAUCUAGCCGAUAUACAAGCUGCCCGAUGGUGGGUCAGGACCCAUAUCCUACCGUUUUAUCCGGAUACCAAGAUCCGAUUCAUUUGCGUAGGAAAUGAAAUUCUUCGUUGGGGAGAUGAGAAUAUGAUAGCUAAUCUCUUACCCACCAUGCAAUCCAUCCACGCAGCCCUAGUUCUUGAAUACCUUGCAGAAAUCAAGGUUACCACACCUCAUUCCCUAAACAUCUUAGCCAGCUCUAGCCCACCAAGCGCAGCCACUUUCCAACCCCAAUGGGAACAGUCUAUUAUAGCUCCAAUGCUGCAUUUCCAUCAACAAACCCGAUCUCCAUUCAUGGUCAACCCGUACCCAUAUUUUUCAUGGAGCCCCAACACGACCCGAUUCACACUUUUUCUCUCCAACCCCGGUUCCUUCGACCCGUUAACUGGUAAAAUGUAUUACAACAUUUACGACACUCUUUUAGACGCGGUAUACUCAGCAAUGAAGAGAUUGGGCUACGGAGGAGUCGCGAUAGCGGUUGGGGAAGUUGGUUGGCCUUCGUAUGGUGGGCCCGCCUUAUGGCAGUGCAGCCCCGAGAAUGCUAGGUGGCAUAAUAUGAACGUUAUGAAGGGUAAGGUAAUCGGAGUAGGUACGCCCUUGAUGCCCGGGAGGAGAUUCGAGACUUAUUUGUUUGCGUUGUUUAAUGAGAAUAAGAAGCCGGGUGAUGAGGAUGAACGGAAUUUUGGGCUCUUUAGACCGGAUUUUUCGAGUGUUUAUGAUAUCGGAAUUAUGCGCGGUUUUGAAAAAGAAUCAAGCGAGAUCUUAUGA